UCCAGACCUGCGGCCGCGCGGGGAGAGGGAUGCUGACCCAGUCCCGGGGGAGAGCGCCGGUGUCUCAGUCUCCGCCUCUGGGGCUUCGAUUUGGGAACAGCGCCCUCUCAGGGACGGCUGCGAGGACAGAGUUGACCUGUUCAUCACCCUCCCUGCAUUGAAUCGCCUCUCCUUCGGUUGCUGAGGUCAAUUCCCUAGGAAAACAGGAGCAGGAGAGACUCCUCAGGAAGACUCACAGGACUGUACCCACUGCCUGCCAUGUCUCUGUGGCCACCUUUCCGAUGCGGAUGGAAGCUGGGGCCAAGGUACUCCAGGAGGGCCUCUCCACAGCUCCCCCAACAGGACUUCGAGGCCCUGCUGGCAGAGUGCCUAAGGAAUGGCUGCCUCUUUGAAGACACCAGCUUCCCGGCCACCCUGAGCUCCAUCGGCAGCAGCUCUCUGCUGCAGAAGCUGCCACCCCGCCUGCAGUGGAAGAGGCCCCCGGAACUGCACAGCAAUCCCCAGUUUUAUUUUGCCAAGACCAAAAGGCUGGAUCUGUGCCAGGGCAUGGUAGGAGACUGCUGGUUCUUGGCUGCUUUGCAAGCUCUGACCUUGCACCAGGACAUCCUGAGCAGGGUUGUUCCCCUGAAUCAGAGUUUCACUGAGAAGUAUGCUGGCAUCUUCCGGUUCUGGGUGAGUGUCUUCCCGGGCCCUCGGCCUGGAGGGAGUCAUAGGAAAGAGGGUUCCUGGAGGACCAUGUCUUCACCUUCUGGGCUGAUCACCACCUGCAGCAGUCCUCAUUCACCCGGGACCACUCUCUCCCUCCAGUUCUGGCACUACGGGAAGUGGGUUCCUGUGGUGAUCGAUGACCGCCUGCCCGUGAAUGAGGCUGGCCAGCUGCUCUUUGUCUCCUCCACCUACAAGAACUUGUUCUGGGGAGCACUUCUGGAAAAGGCCUAUGCCAAGCUUUCUGGUUCCUAUGAAGACUUGCAAUCAGGACAGGUGUCUGAAGCCCUUGUAGACUUCACUGGAGGGGUGACAAUGACCAUCAACCUGGCAGAAGCCCAUGGCAACCUCUGGGACAUCCUCACCAAAGCCACCUACAACAGAACCCUCAUUGGCUGCCAGACCCACUCAGGGAAGGAGAAGAUUCUGGAGAAUGGGCUGGUGGAAGGCCAUGCCUAUACUGUCACAGGAAUCAGGAAGGUGACCUGCAAACACAGACCUGAAUAUCUCAUCAAGCUACGGAACCCGUGGGGACAGGUGGAAUGGAAAGGAGACUGGAGUGACAGUUCAAGUAAAUGGGAGCUGCUGAGCCCCAAGGAGAAGAUUCUGCUUCUGAGAAAAGACAAUGAUGGAGAAUUCUGGAUGACGCUGCAGGACUUUAAAACACAUUUCGUGCUCCUGGUUAUCUGUAAACUGACCCCAGGCCUAUUGAGCCAGGAGGCGGCCCAGAAGUGGACGUACACCAUGCGGGAGGGGAGAUGGGAGAAGGGGAGCACAGCUGGUGGCCAGAGACAAUUGCUGCAGGGCACAUUUUGGAAGAACCCGCAGUUCCUGCUGUCUGUUUGGCGGCCCGAGGAGGGCAGGAGAUCCCUGAGGCCCUGCAGCGUACUGGUGUCCCUGCUCCAGAAGCCCAGGCACAGGUGCCGCAAGCGGAAGCCUCACCUCGCCAUUGGCUUCUACCUUUAUAGGGUGAACAAGUACCAUGACGACCAGAGGAGACUGCCCCCCGAGUUCUUCCAGAGAAACACUCCUCUGAGCCAGCCUGAUAGGUUUCUCAAGGAGAAAGAAGUGAGUCAGGAGCUGUGUCUGGAACCAGGGACAUACCUCAUCGUGCCCUGUGCAUCGGAGGCCAACCAAAAGUCAGAGUUCAUCCUCAGGGUCUUCUCCAGGAAGCACAUCUUUUAUGAAAUUGGCAGCAAUUCUGGUGUCGUCUUCUCGAAGGAGAUAGAAGACCAAAAUGAAGGGCAGGAUGAAUUCUUCACCAAAUUCUUUGAAAAGUAUCCAGAAAUUAAUGCAGUUCAAUUGCAGAGCAUCCUGAACCAGAUGACCUGGUCACAUCUGGGGAGCAGACAGCCCUUCUUCAGCCUGGAAGCCUGCCAGGGUAUCCUGGCCUUACUGGACCUUAAUGCAUCGGGUACUAUGAGCAUCCAGGAAUUCAGGGAUCUGUCGAAGCAGCUGAAGCUCUAUCAGAAGGUUUUCCACAAGCAAGACAAUGGGUCAGGAUACCUGAACUGGGAACAGCUGCGUGCUGCCAUGAAGGAGGCAGGAAUCGUGCUCAGUGAUGACGUCUGUCAGCUGAUGCUCGUCCGCUACGGCUGCCCCCGCCUCCAGAUGGGCUUUGUCAGCUUCGUCCACUUGAUGCUGCGUGUAGAGAACAUGGAGGAUGUCUUCCAAAACUUAACCCAAGAUGGCAAAGGGAUAUACCUCCAGAAGCCAGAGUGGAUGAUGAUGGCACUGUACUCCUGAGAAGGCUGAGUCUCGCCUGCCCUCACUGAAGACUCUGCUUGUGGCCCAAGAGCAGCCUUUGGCUGAGACCAACCCGUGCCCACCCUACUUACUGAUCUUCAGGACUGCCUCACCAGUCAUCACCUCCUUAGCUGGGAGUAUUUCUCCUCUGCAGCCCUCCCCCUGCAUGGCCAGCAUGCAGAAAGGGAAGGGAGGAAGUAAAGAUUGCAUCAGAUUUGUCAAAGCUAGCCAUCCUUCCCUGAGGCCACAACCUUGUCACAAGCAGAGAUAUUACCUGACAUGGCCUAACCAUUCUGACUCCAGAGCUGGUAUGCUUAGCCUCUAUACAACACUGCCUCUGUGGCUGCAAACUCAAGUGACUUUAGACAUGCCAUAUGUUCUCACAUGUGGGGUAAUCAUCUAGGUUUUAAGGUCUGGAGAGGGAAUGAUAUAUCCUUAGACUUUUAGUCCCAGCAUUUGCAAAUUAGUAGAGACGUAGGCUAAGUUUCAGCUGUUUGGGGAUGGAGUUAGGGAUAUAGUAGGUUUUCAGAAACACAGACAAUAAGAGAAUUGCCAGAGUCCAGAUGGGGUGGGCUGGCUCUGGCAUCUGAGAUCAUGGGGUAGUCUUCUGCCGACAAUACCUCCACAUGAUUGGAUUUGGGGGAACCCAGUAGGUUUAGAACACCUGAGUUCUCAAAGGGCUUCCUGCUUGUGACAGGUGUCAGUCUGUUCACUUGACCUAUAGACUAUCAGAUCCAUUUCAAAUCCGUCCAGAAAUUCUCUAUCUACUUCAAAGAACAAAAACAAACCCAUGCUAAAUUAUAGAAUCAAUCAGCGGGUGGUUGGUAUAUCUGAUUUUUUGAACUACCACGAUACACUUUGUUUGUUUCAUCCCUCCGAACCCAGAAUACAGGUGCAAAACCAGAACAAUGGCCUUUUUCCAAAGUCAAUGCAAUUUAUUCAUAAGUUAGCACCUCAGAGCCAUUUAUUACUACAGGUUGAGCAUCCCAGAUCUGAAAACCCCAAAUCUGAAAUACUCCAAAAUCUAAAAUUUCUGAGAGUAGACAUGAAACUCAAAGGAAAUUGGGGCAUUUUGGAUUUUGAUUUUUUGGGUUUGAGAUGUUCAGCUGACAAAUCUAUAAUGCAGAUAUCCUGAAAUCUGAAACACUUCUGGUUCCAAGCAUUUUAGUUAAGAGAUACUCAACCUGUAUUCUAUUUAAUCUUAACUUACAAACUAUUGAAACCAACGUGGCUGUUUGAUUUCCAAGUCCAUAGCAGACUCAGGAAGGAAGCUGAAUGAAGUGAUAAAAGUGUGUCCGUUGGCAGAAGGACUAAAGGAGAUUUGAGCACCUGUCACAUGGGUACUGUACCGGAAGAAAGGAGCACUUUGAAAGCACAGUUUAAGAGGUAGGAAAGUAUUUUAUUUAGGGAAAAAACUCUUCAUUUAUUCCAAAUGAUAGAAGGUAAAACGGGUUUCCAUAAAGUGCUAGAUACAUGAAAUAUUGUUGAUUUUAUAAAAGAUGAUCAUGUAUUUGUAACCUUUUACAGAUUUUUACAUCCAUCUACUUAUUUGUAUCUUUGUCUUUAAAAUCUGCCAUUGUAAAUGGCUGUUUUAAUAAAACAAUUUUGUCUUGGCCCAUGAA